AAAUAAACUUUUUAAUUAUAAUAUACUAAUAUACUCGUAUAACUAAAUACCAAGAUAUUAUUGAUUGUUGUAAUUUUGAAUUGAAAAAAAAGUUCAGCUAUUGUUCAGAUAAAUAGUCGAUCAAUAGAGAAAAUACGAUGGCAAAUCUUCCUCCACGUAAGAAGUCUGCUUCUUGUAAAAUAUCUAAACAAGAUACCAACCCUCUUCAAAUACUACUGCAAAUGGGAUUUCCUAAAAAAAGAGCCUUGAAAGCUUUAGCUGCGACCGGAAAUCGUAGUGUUCAAUUAGCAUCUGACUGGCUUCUCACUCAUGUUAAUGACGCUUACAUUGACGCCGAUGAACCUCGAGAGUUCAUUUUUUAUGCAAUUCCAACUGGCCCUUUGUUCACCCAGCUUCAUGACUUUUGGGAAAAAUCUAAGCAAACUGGAUGGAAUGGCGCACACAACUUUCCACCCCAUAUUACACUCGUACCAUCUUUUAAGGCUGCUGAUGAUACGUCCCUACAGUUAGCGAAAGCAGUCAAGCUGGUUAUAGAGAGUGUAGGGAAACCACCUGUCUGUCCAAUAAAAUUAGAACCCUAUAUGUCACCAAACUUUAUGGGACUAUUCAUAUCGGAGGAGCAUGAAGACUAUUUAAAAAAAAUUGCUCUACAAUAUGCCAAGCAAUUAUCAGCUAUCUUGGGUGUUAAGGUGGAUACUAAUGAGCAAUCGAAAAAUUGUAUAAAUCCCGAAGAUCAUUCUAAUACAUUGACUAAUGUCGAGGCCAAGACCAAGUCUCUGCACAUAACAUUGGCUUACCAUUUUGACGUGACUGCUUACGAUGCUCUUAAGGCACUCGUUGACGAGCUCGAUCUGAGUCAAAUGCAGACUCCAGCUUGGGAACUCCGACUUUACUCGAGGGAUCCACGAUUUACUAAUCACCAGGUAUAUAAAGUUACCCAAAGCUACGUGCCGGAGGCCAGUGAUGAACUGGAGUUGGUGCUCGGCGAUUACAUUUACAUCGAAGAGAAGCAGUUUGACACCUCGCUCGACGGCUGGGUUUAUGGUACCUCUUGGCUCACAGGCGUGAGCGGAUACCUGCCCGGCGUGUGCGCGCGCCGCACGCCCGACUCGGACGCCUGGACGCUACACCGCGCCAUCUCUUUGACUACCAGCAACAGCAGUGAUAGUAAGUCGGAAUCGGAUUCCAAUACCGACGUGGAGAUGGCGACGAGCUACCCGCACGAGGACGCCGACAAGCUGGCCUUGGAAAAGUCCGAAGAGGUGUACAAGACGUGGGAGACUUACUGGAAAGCAGCAACUCUAAACCAGACGGAGAAUAUCUUACAACAAGGUUCAUCCGAUAAAGAUGGAAACAGUGUCACCAAUAAAGAAAACGGUACAAAUGCCACCGUUAGCAGGACUGAAAUAAAACAGACAAAUGGGAGCUCGGGUAACGAGCGACGUUGGCUGUUCUCCCUUCGCCACGGAGAGCGCAUCGACCUCACGUACGGCUCGUGGGUGCCGUACUGCUUUGACGAGAACGGCACCUACACCCGCAAGGAUCUCAAUAUGCCCCUGACUUUGGCGGAUCGGGCGGGCGGCGCGGAGUCGUACCGGCGCGACACGCCGCUGACGCGCGUGGGCGAGCUGCAGGCGCGCCUCGUGGGCGAGGGGCUGCGCGCAGCCGGCGUGCGCCUGCACCGCGUGUACGCGUCCGCCGCGCUGCGCGCCGUGCAGACCGCGCACCACGUGCUGCAGGGUCUGCAGGCCGAUCCUUCUGUGAGGGUGAGAGUUGAGCCCGGGUUGUUCGAGUUUAAGUUGUGGCACGCGACUAAGGGAUUGGGGCCGUUUAUGACGCCGCUGGAAUUGCAUAAAGCCGGUUUUACUGUUGACCUCGAGUAUAAACCGUAUAUAGAAUUAGACAUAAACACCACGGAAACGAUGCAAGAGUUUUACGAACGGAAUGAAUAUGUAAUACAAUCUAUUGCUAAGGACAAAGAACAAGAAGGUGACAAUAUCAUGUUCGUGGGUCACGCGACGACAUUGGACAUAAUGGUAACGGCGCUGAAGCGUCUCAAAGUUGAUAGGAAGGAGUUUCCUCCCUACCAGCUGGGCAACUUCCUGGCGCGCGUGCCGUACUGCGCGCUGGGCGCCAUGCGCGACCGCCCGCUGCAGGUGACGUCACCGCCCUGCCCGCCCUCCAUCAACUCCAGCUCGGGACGGUUUGACUGGAAACUGCUGAUGGACGUCGAGAAUGAAAUUGAAUAAAGCAGUCGAUAGUUACGUUCGAGCCCAAAACGAGUCUUUCGCUCUCGGAAAUGUUUCUAUCAAUUGUUUAUUAAUAAUAGCUUAUAAAUUUGCCAUUUACUAUAUUAAGACGUAAAUUUAAGGCCCAGAAAAAUUAAAAAAAAUCUUGUCCUAGUUUUCUAUAUUAAGGAAUAGCCGUUUAAGGGAAAGCAGCGAAAUUGCUCAAUUAAUGCUUAAAGAAAAUAAAAUAACGAAACAAGCAAAUAAAUACAAAAAAAUACGAGGCUGUAGUUUUCGCCUAUUAAAAUUAUAAUAAAGAGAAAUAUUAAAAUGUCUCACUCAAUAAUAGUUAAUAAUUUUAAAAUCUCGUAAAUAUAUUGAUCAUUAAAGUAUAUACUAUAACAAAUAAAUAUAGAAACUUAUAAGACUGCAUUAAAAUUUAUUUUUGUCACAAUUGAGAUUAUAAUUUCAUUAAAUAUAUCUAGUAAGUAUUUGUUAGUUAAGUGAUAUGUAUUAAGAUCUAUUAACAUUAAUAUGAUAUAUUUUAUAAUGUUAACAGCUGAAGUUCCAAUUGCACAUUCUUUUAUAAAAAUCAUUUAAUUAAGACCGUAUUAUUUGUUUAAUUAUAACAAUUUUAAUUCAACAUUGAAUAUGUGUCAAGUUGAACGUAUAUUACCACAGUUAAAUAAAUAUUUGUGAUCUGUGUUCAUUAUUAGUUUUCGAUAAUCAUUUUAUAACCUAUGUUACAAGACGAAGCGUGAGAGAAAAAACUUUAAUUAUCUAUUGAAUUAUUUCCUCUGAUAACAUUUAGUUGUAUCAAAUGCUUACUUUUUAAUAAUUUUUUUUUUUUUUAGUUAAGUCAAGAAUUAUUUUAACUAGUUUGAUAUUUUUUAUAACUACCUCAUAAUGGAAGUUGGUGCUACUUCUGUUGAAUAUAUAUUACCUUUGACAGGCCUACAAGAUUUGGUAUCCCUUUCAAUCGAACACGUUAGAAAGAGAUAGCUAUAAUCCUGUCAAUUUGAGUUUCAUUAGAAAUUAUGUACAUCAGAAGUGGCACCAUAGCAUUUUUAUUAUUUUAGUUUUUUUCAUAUGAAAUUGUGUUAACUGUCAUAUAAAAUAUCAUAUAUAUUUGAACAGUAAUUUUAAUAAAAAAAAAUACAAUUAUCUUAUAUACCUCUGAUUUUAUUGAUUAAAGACUUCAUAGUGAUAACAUUUAGUUCAUGAUUCAUAAUUUUAUGGUAUUAUUAUAUAAAACGCUAUGUGAUGGAUGAAUACAAUAAGUGUGAGUGAUAUGUUAGAUAUAUU